CACUUCUCGUUCUUCCGCUCUUCUUGCAUUUUUAGUGUGCUUUUGUGGUUUUCCCGGCAUUUUCCCUCCCCUCGGGCUUCACUGAUACCGGAAGGUGAGUGUGGGUGACAAGGAUCUUCUGUUCUCCUGAAAUUUCAUCAUCUCCAGCACUCCUUUCGCAUUGCUGCAACAGGUGGAGCGGAGCCAUCAUGUGCCCGAUGAAGUACUUUCUGCUGCUGGCCGUCUUCCUGGCGCCGAUCUUCCUGGUGAGCCACGCCGCCACGUGGACGGCGCGCUUCACGCCCGACGUCGUCACCGUGGAGAUGCAGCGCGACGAGGAGGUGAGGCUGCAGCUGUCCGGCCUGGAGAGCAUCGGCGUGACGGAAGUGGUGCUGAAAACGGCCGAGAGCCACGUGGCCGAAGUGCACAAAGUCAUCCCGGGAUCAGAGAUCGUCGGCGGCGCGUGGAGUGGCAGCUUCAACGUGACUGGCGUGUUCCUGGGCAAAACUGACCUCUUCGCGGAGAUCACGACCACGGCCAAUGACAAGGAGUCCUCGGACCAGAAGCUGACAGUCACGGUGAUCCGGGAGGAUCGAGUGAUUGACCACGUCUUCACGUACGUCGUGGCCAUCCUCGUGUCCAUUCUCUACGUCAACUUCGGCGCCGCGCUGGACUUGAAGCUGCUCAAGACAAUCGUGCUGCGUCCCGUUGGACCAGCCAUUGGCGUCUUCGGCCAGUUCGUCGUGAUGCCUCUGCUGAGCUUCGGCCUCGGCAAGCUCAUCUUCCCGGACUCGCACGCCAUGCAGCUCGGGAUGUUCUUCACGGGAGUAUCUCCGGCGGGUGGAGCGUCCAACGUGUGGACGGCCAUCCUGAACGGCAACAUCAAUCUGUCAGUGCUGAUGACGACCAUCAGCACUCUGGCCGCCUUCGGCCUGAUGCCCAUGUGGAUCUUCACUCUGGGUAGAACGAUCUUCGAACAGGGAGAGCUCACUGUUCCCUACCGCCGCAUCGGGACGUUUGCGCUCGCCCUGGUGGUGCCUCUCCUCGCUGGACUGCUGAUCCAGAAGUACCUGCCGCGCGUGACCAGGAUUCUCGUGCUGGUGCUGAAGCCCGUGUCCACCCUCCUCAUCCUCUUCAUCGUGGUAUUCGCGAUUGUCACCAAUCUCUAUCUCUUUGAGUUGUUCUCUUGGCAGAUCGCUGUGGCUGGACUGGGACUCCCGUGGCUCGGCUUCCUGCUGGGAUUCGUGCUGGCCAAGGUGUUCCGCCAAGUGCCGGCAGAUGCGCUGGCCAUCGCUGUCGAGACGGGCAUCCAGAACACUGGCAUCUCCAUCUUCCUCCUCAGAUUCACGCUUCCGCAGCCAGAGGCAGAUCUCACCACCGUGGCGCCCGUCGCCGUGGCCAUCAUGACGCCUCUGCCGCUCAUCGUGCUCUACGUCAUCCUCAAAGUGAAGGAAAGAUUGAACCGCAACAGAAGAGAGCCAAUCGAGGACAAGGACACCGCCGAUCUGAGCAUAGACUCGCAGGAGACGCUGGCGCAGGGCCAGGAGGGCGAGAAAAGUCGCACGGACGUGCCUUAGAUGAGGACGAAGUGCCUCUGCUGUAGUUAUACUCUCCACACUCGCCACGAAGUGGCCAAGAUGAGUAUUUUAUUGGGAUUCUUUUGGAACACAACUCGAGUUUUGUAAGAAUGUCACAACAAAGACUGUACAUUUUUAUAAAAUGAAUAACUAUUCAUUUACAAAUUAAUUGGGAUUCUUUUGGAACAAUUAAGUUUUGUAAGAAUGUCACAACAAAGACUGUACAUUUUUAUAAACUGAAUACAAUAUAAUUUAUAUACAUAUACAUGUGAAAA